GUUGGGCUGAAAGAGCCUCUUUGGCGGUUUUGUUUUCCUUCUCCCUUCUUGUUACUCCAUCCCUCCUUCAACCCCGUAUUUCACUUUCCAACGAGAUCGUGGUCGAGGUGAACGCGUCACUGCUCGAUGUGUCCCAUCCUGCAUCCUCUUCGCUAGAUGUAGAUACCCACCUCGCCAGCAGAUCAUGAGCUCGUCGAGGACUGGUUCCUCGCGGUCCAGUUCCGAUGGAUCUCAGGUCGGACUCCUGAACGAGAAGCACGACUUCGACUACAAUGCGCAGAACCCGACCACGAGCCCGUGGAUGAGCAUCGGUCCCUCUCGCCAGAUCCCCAAGAUCACCCUGUGCUUGUCCGUCAAAUACCUUGCAAAACUCCUUGGUCAACUGUUCAACCUCUUUAUCCCGAGUUUUCUCCAGCGUCGCGUUCAUAAUGACCAGUCCAAACCCGACAAAGUCGCUCCAACGGCGUUCCUCGAUGGCAUGCGCGGGCUUGCUGCCUUUGUCGUCUUCAUCUGUCACCUCACCUAUGGCACUUUUGAUAUCGCCCACGCAUGGGGCGCCGUUCCGGACCCCGAACACCAGCCAGUAUCUGCCUUCGGGGAAUAUCUGCGCUUACCCAUUGUCCGCCUUCUCUAUUCUGGUCCACCCAUGGUCGCCAUCUUCUUCGUGAUCUCGGGCUACGCACUCAGCUAUAAGCCUCUGAAACAGAUGAGGUCGCGGCAACAAGAACAGCUGAUGACGACCAUGACUUCGUCCAUCUUUCGACGGGGUUUGCGAUUGUUCCUCCCCUGCUUCGCUUCGACGUUCAUCGUCAUCUGUCUUGCCCAACUCAACCUGUACAAACUCACCGAAGGGUUUUCCAACCAGAUGCGCAUGAUCCGCGAGAGCCACUGCUACACUCAACCGAACCCCUGGCUGCAAUUCACGGACUGGCUAGUUCAGCUUCUCAUCUUUGUGGAUGUCUUCAACUGGAACAUAUUCGCCGGGUCCAUCGAGCUCGACCGGCACCUCUGGACCAUUCCCGUCGAGUUUCGAUGCAGCAUGGCCUUGUUCCUGACGCAUAUGAUGGUGGCGAGGAUGUCCUCGCGGCUGAGGCUGUCGACUCUUGCGGCGCUGAUGAUCUGGGGCACCUCUUGGGACCGCUGGGAAUUGUGUCCGUUCUGGGCGGGGAUGGCGAUUGCCGAGCUAGAUAUCAUUUGGGCAACCCCGAAGACGUCUGAGCUGCCGUCAGCCGCAAACAGCCAGCCUCACACGCCGAGAUUCUCAUCCAAGGUCCUGUAUUGGUCCACCUUCUGCGCUUCGCUUUUCCUGCUUUCCUACCCGGACAUCGACGCCCACUCCACACCAGGCUAUCUCACCCUGACCAAUCUCAUUCCCGCCAACUUUACCCAAAAGCAUCGCUUUUGGCCGAACAUUGGCGCAGUCAUGAUCGUCUGGUCGUCGUCACGCCUGGGCUUCUGGCGGAACAAGGCCUUCUGUUGGAGCCCGAUCCAAUAUCUGGGGAAAAUCAGUUUUCCUCUGUAUGUCAUGCAUGGACCUGUCAUCCACACUCUAGGCUACAUGAUUCUCCCUCGAACGCCCGAGGUGGAAACACCGGAGAUAAUGAGACAGUUCCAGCUCGAGUUCCUCAAGUCGUCGAUCGUCAUCGUCCUGGCCGUCAUCUGGGCUGCGGACGUCUUCCUCCGAGCCGUCGAUAUUCCCUGCGUCAACCUCACCAGAAGACUGGAGAAAGCGUUCUUUAGCGGAUGAAACUGUCCUGUUGCACCAUUGGGUCUGUCUGUCACUGUCUGUAUGUCUGUCUGUCAGACCGUCAGUCAGGCAUUAGUGAUGCAUGAUCACGCCGCUAACGCAAAGCCGCCCGGACAGCCGCCUGAAUGGCCAAAGUGCAUUUCAGCUCGUCCGAGAUUCAACAAUAAUUCAGACCAUGGUCUGCACGGUUCUAUUUGUCGGAUACAACAGAACGGGACGGCCCACAAACUCUUAUUUCUGAAGGACUUUAAUCCGACUCGAGCGAAGCGGAGGCAUCCCGUCCUGAGAGCUCAAUCGGGCUCUCAAAAUUACCUGGAAUCGUCACACGUUGAUUAUUGGCCGAGAGCAAAAGCCGACAUGCACGCCCUCCUUCCAGUCGCGGGUGAGGCGGGAACUAUUCCGCGGGCUUCGACCUUUACGCGGAGAACAGGCUGGGAGAAAUGGUUCUGACGACAGGAGUAGGCAGACUUCGAUAAGCAGGGAUGCAUCGGCAGAGGAUGAGGACCAGGAUGGAGAAGGCGAAGAACGGUGGGCGCAAAGCGGGAGACGAAAGGAUGGGUGAUCUGUUGGAUGGUUGGACUGAUCCAAGCACCAGAAUGCCAACAAGGCCAUCUAAUCUUAUCGCUUGGGCAACACGGAGGAAAUAGGCGAGGCAAGUUGGAAAAGUCCGAGUGCAACGACGACAUCUUGAACAAGUGGUCAUGGCAGCCAGGUGGAUUGACAAUUGGCGAUGGAUACUUUGCUUGCGUCCGAGCAGAGGAGGCCAACAACAUUGUCACAUUGCCACUUUGCCGCUGAUAGACGACUGCAGCAACUUUGAUGGUCAUUAUCAAGAAAUGGACAAAUUUUGUUGCUCCCAUACCCAAAAGAAACCCCAAAAGAUGGACAUGAUGGACGACAUGGAGCCUCGCUAGAGAAAAUCAAGCCGCGCAUGAUGCAAAACGAGCUCGUGCACAAUUUGCCAUGUCGCUACUGCACGCCUUGGUAUCUGCUUAUUUGCCUUUCGGCCUCUCCAGUGUUGAAGCCGCCGUGGCUUCCGGCUGACUCUUGGUGUUCUCCUCGUUCACGGCGUCAAAGAUCUUUCCUGGGUUCAUCAGCCAGUACGGGUCCAGGCUGCGCUUGAGAGUCUGCAUCACGCCAAUGGUCUCGAGGCCCAACUCGUCUAUCAGGCUUUGCUUUUUGCCCAGCCCGAUGCCGUGCUCGCCAGUGCAUGUGCCUUCCUGUAGCAGGAUUGUUAGCGUGGCUCCUCUUUUUUCCAGGGACUGCUUUUUUACGAGAGGAACUCGGACGUACCAUUUCAAGAGCUCGGUCGACCAUGUUGUGGACGACUUGUUCAACACGCUCCCUCUCCUUUGGAUCUUGGCGGUUGUACAGGAUGGAUGUGUGGAAAUUGCCGUCUCCAAUAUGCCCGAGCACGCUUGCGAAAAGGCCCAAAUCGUCAAUCUCCUUCUUCGUGAUCUCUGUGCCAUGUGUCAACUCAACAACUCCUCCACGCAAGAUGCUUAGAUAUGCUUACCGACGAUGUCGGGCAACCGUGAGAUCGGGACCGCGACGUCAGUAGACCAGACUUCGUCGCCGUCUCGGCGCAAAGAGAGCAUGCUCCACAACGAAUCUUUUCUA